AUGCUCAGCACAACUGUUCGCACUACUUGGCUUGUUGGCCGCGCCGCCACCGCCUUCACCUGCCGACACCUCCAUGCCACGAGGACCAUCCUGGCUGCAGCCGACGUGGGCCACUUCAAGACCCACCCCAAGGCGGACGCUCAUUUCACGCAUCAGCCAAAACUGACCGAAUGGGAAAACCCCAUCCCGCACGCGAUCUACACGGCCGAUGAGGUGAACCAGAUUCAGGAAACCCAUCGCGAUCCUGAGGAACUUCAUGCCAAAGUCGCGCUGUGUGCCGUGCGACUCCUCCGCGGUGGAUUCGAUUUGGUCUCGCGCUACAAAGGCCCUGGUGGCGGCAUGACGUCCACGGACUGGCUGCAUCGGUGCCUCUUUCUUGAAACCGUGGCGGGUGUGCCCGGCAUGGUGGCCGGAAUGUCCCGCCACCUGCGUUCGCUGCGUACCAUGAAGCGGGACCAAGGAUGGAUCCACACACUCUUGGAAGAAGCCGAGAACGAGCGCAUGCACCUCUUAAUCUUCAUGACGAUGAAGGCGCCGGGGUCGCUCUUCCGCCUCUUUGUCGUCGGCGGCCAAGGCGUGUUUUUCAACUUGUUCUUCGUGACGUACUUGAUCUCACCCAAGACAUGCCAUCGCUUCGUGGGGUACUUGGAAGAAGAAGCCGUCCACACAUACACCGCUCUCAUUCAAGACAUCGAGAACGGUCAUGCCGGGACGUGGAAGACCGACGCCGCACCCGCGAUCGGCCGCAAGUACUAUCACCUGCCCGACGACGCCACCGUCUUGGAUAUGAUCAAGUGCAUUCGCGCGGAUGAAGCCAACCAUCGCGACGUCAACCACACGUUUGCCAACCUCGACAACGAAAAGGACGUGAACCCGUUCUUGCAUGUUCAUCGCAAAUAG